AUGGGUGCGGCCGUCGGGUACGGAACCAUGCUCGGGACCGUGCCCCGCGAGUGCCCGCACUGCGCGGGCGAGGGUGGAACUCGCGCGGUUUCGAAGGCUUCGUUCUCGAGCGGCGGCAGGACAGUGGGUUCGACGGCGGUGGAGGAGGCGCUGCGACGAAAAGCGUACGACGAUCUUGCGCCGACGUUCGACGAGGAGCUCGAGUGGCACGAGUUUUUCACGGGGAUCAAGCUCAUGCGGUGGUGGAUGAUGCGCCAGGCGCGCGGGAACGUCCUCGAAGUCGCGGCAGGGACUGGACGAAAUUUCGGGUACUACCCCGAAGGAACGAAGCUCACGGCGACGGACUGCUCGCCGGCGAUGGUGGAGGUGUGCAGGGCCAAGGCGACCGGUUCGUCGUCGGCGAUUGACGUGAGGGUGGAGGACGUGCAGGCGAAGAAGGGCAUGGGUUUCGAGUCCGGGAGCUUCGACACCGUGGUGGACACGUUUGGGCUGUGCAGCUACGAGGACCCGGUCGCGGCGCUGCGAGAGAUGGCGAGGGUGUGCAGGCGGGGAGACGGGCGGGGAGAAGGAUGCGGGAGGCUGCUGCUGAUUGAGCACGGCCGGUCGCGCUCGCACGCGUGGCUGACCAACAUACUCGACAAGCACGCCGCGCCGCACGCCACCAAGUGGGGGUGCUACUGGAACAGGGAUAUCGUGGGGAUCGUGCGGGAGGCUGGGCUGGAGAUCGUGCAGCAGCACGAGUUUCACUUCGGCACGACGCACCUUAUAGUCGCUAAACCGCCAGAGCUCUAA